AGGAGACUCAUUCCACCUUACAGUUUAUAACAAAUUAUAAGUCGCGUUCACUAAACAUAAAACAACUACAAAUAUCACAUACUGCACCUGUUUGAUAUCUAGUAACGAGCAAGUUUCACUUCUGUUGGUAUCAGUAUCAUUAUUAAAAAUGGCUGAGUUGCCAUGCCAGCUGUUUUCUUUGCACCUUCCGCAUAAACAUCGACCUGGCACAGAUCUUAUGUCAAAGCACGUUUUAUUGGAUUCCACCGUCAUCAACAUGGUUGUUGAGACUGUAGUCAAUCCCAGUGCAAAGGACCAAUAUUCGCCUUGGCCUACCGAAUGGCCGAACGGUAGUAUCUCUGACGUUUUAUAUUUGCCCAACACAUUCGAUGAUGGCAACCUCCCUCCUGUUUUAAUUGAAAUACAACACACAGUUGACAACGACUUUCUUUUGAGAGUCAUGACUUACGCCAUUUCAGUUUAUCGACAACACAACAAGAAAAAACCGAUUAAUAUCACAUUUAUGAUUGGUCAGCAUCCUUCGCUUUUGGCCAAUCCUUACCGUGCCAACCCCAUCAUCCAGCAACUAUAUUCCAUUGCUACACGUGUUUUUAAAGAACAAAUAAGAGAACAUAAGCCUGUUGAAGAUCUGAUAUCACUUUGCCUGGAAACGGAGAGUAUGAUUGCACAAACAAUAGCAACAUUACAUGAAGAAAUACCAGACACAACAUUGUGGAAACGUACGAAAAAAGUUCUCAUCGAUGGCAAGUUAAUCCCAGAAACAUAUAAACGAAAAUAUCAAACAACAAUGGAAUCCUCAUCUUUGGAAGAACGCUAUGAAGUCAAAUUAUUACAGAUGGAAGAAAAAGCAAAAUGCAUAGCUCUCACUUACUUGCAUACACAGCCUAUUGCGAAUAGUAUGAUGAUCAAUUGGCUCGACACUCUACUGGAUUAUGACUUUACAGUGAUCCAUCGACCCGGUAUCCAAAAUAUACUACCAGACAGAUUAUCGCGUCUAUGUUCAUGA